ACGAUGCCUGCUGGCCGCAUUGCGCGCUGUGCUUUACAACGGCUACGGGACAGAUCCGAGUGACGCGGUGGGAAAGACGGAAGCAAAGAAAGAUUUCAACAAACAGAGAGAAACCUCAAGCAAUAUUUCAUCGAAGUGAUGGUGAAUAUGGGAUGUUUCGUCGAGCUUGUCUGGUGCUCUUUUGGCCACUCACAGUCGCGACGAUAUUUGCAAGGCCGAAUUCCCGAUCUGUUUACGUCUGCGGAAGCAUGAGACGAAGGACUAUGACACUGCCAAUCUAUAUUACGACCAUGGAAACGACAACCAAGCGAUACGAGCUACAUGAUUUGGACCUGGAUACCGUCCUCACUGACUACGAUCAUGGUUACCGGCACCAUCUCUGCCAAUUCGGCGGCACGUGGUGGGACGACUGUCAGUGCGCGGCAGGCGAUAACUUGCAACGACUUCCUCAAAUCUAUUUCCUUUGCCGAAUGACACAUCACGACAUUAUAAACUAUCCGGGGCAACCCGUUAAUUGAAAUUUCUCUUUCCUUCUUUUUGUGUUGCUGUCUUUUGCGCCGUCAACUGGAUCUCCUGGUCUUUUGCACCGCCGAAUU